AUUAGGAGGGAGAGGAGUAGUUGAGAAGAAAAGGCCACGCCAUCUUGAGUCGAGCACCUCUCACCUUCCGAAGAAUUAAUUUUACGCGAGGAUUCCUUGAGCUGAUUUCGGCGUCUCAGGGACAAUUAGAUAGUUGAGAUGCUGAUGGACGAGGCAAAAGUCUUGCUAGGCUUUCCCACUAAUUCUUGCCCCACUGCUUCUCAGGUCAAAGAUGCUUAUAGAAGGAAGGUAUGGGACACUCAUCCUGAUUGCUUUCCAGUUCAUCUCAAACCUAAUGCAGAACUCAAAUUUAAAAUGAUUUCAGAAGCUUACACUUGCCUGCUUUCGGAAAUUACAGGUGCAAGACAAGGUCAACAUGUAGGAGUUGGAUAUUCGCGUGUUGUAAGAAGUGGAGUUCCUAGAGGAGGGGGAGGAGGGAGGAGAAACCAUGCACUGAUUGGGCUUCCCUUUCUUUGUAUUAUUUUGGGAACUGCAGCAUUGGGAGGAACAAAUGUUGCCAGGUCCUACAGAAAACAGAGGGCGGAUUAUCCUUCUCAUAAUCCUUUUCUCCCUUGAUUAAUCAUAUUUUUUCCAACAUUGUGUAUGUAUGUAUAAUAAUACGACAUCUUGCCAAGGGUCUAUCGGAAACAACCUCUCGACCCACA